AUGUCCGUCAAAGAUAAUUUGGAUGGAUCACAUUGGAGUUUAGAAGGUGGAUACGAUACCAAAUCAUCUAAAUAUCCAUUUCGUGUGAUGAAUUCAGGGCGACAGGCUUCUCUCGACGUAUCACUUCUGCAUCGUGAAAGCGAUCACUACGAUCAGUGUAACGCGCUUUCUAUUCAAGGAUUCACGGUGUACCUAACAACACCUGGUGAAGCAUUAACAACAUCACAUCGUCCAUUUCGUGUACUCCCAUCAGACGAUACACAAAUUACGAUCCAACCCAAUAUGAUCACCACUUCAAGUGGAUUACGCAACUAUGAUCCAAUUGAACGUGACUGUUUUUUUAGUUCUGAGCGUCAAUUGCGCUUCUUCAACAUCUACACUGAAGAAAAUUGUAAGGCAGAAUGUAUCACGAACAACACGAUUGCAGAAUGUGGAUGUGUAAAAUAUUCGUCGCCAAGAGAUAAUAGCACAAAAGUCUGUGGUGCAGCUAGCAUCGAAUGCUAUGAGAAAGUCGAAUUUUUAACUUCAAUUGAACUAGCAAUAGCUAUCAAUUUGGUUAAUUGCACCUGUUUGCCUGCAUGCACUUCAAUCGAAUACAAUGCAGAAAUCGAUCGUGUUACAUUUGAUUCUGCAGCCGUGAAUAGAAUUAGCGGGAUUCGAUUGAAUGAGUCAGGAGUUCAACAGUCCCGACUGUCCAUCUUCUUCAAUGAUCAACACGUUAACUUAUUAAAACGAACAGAAAUGUACACUCUGACCAAUUUCUUGGCGAUUUGUGGUGGCCUGCUUGGAUUAUUUAUGGGAAUUUCGUUGCUGAGCAUCAUCGAACUCAUUUAUUACUCCACACUUCGGUGGUUUUGGUUCAUUCGUCGCUCGAAAAAUGAAAAUAUCGACACACCAGCUCAAGGAGAGGUGAUUCAGGUCAUUCCGUACAACGUAUAA